AUGACGACCAACCCUGAUUCCGUCGACCCUCCCACCAAUGCCGCGCAGGCGUUGAACGGGCAAGAAGCCAGCCAAAGGCGCGAAAGUUUCGGUUCGCAAAAUUCGCAGACCGCAAGAGAAUUUCUGGAGAGUCAAAUGCGACUAGAAGCCGACGCCCGCGAGGUCCUCCCUUAUUCCUUCGACACCUGCACACAAGCGCUAGGACCCCUACGACAGAGUCUCUUCGCCUGCCUCACCUGCAACCCUCCCCCGUCAGACCCCUCCGCUCCCCAUACCGCCGCAGGCGUCUGCUAUUCCUGCUCCAUAUCCUGCCACGGCGAACACACGCUCGUCGAACUAUUCAACAAACGGAACUUCGUCUGCGAUUGCGGAACCACGCGCGUCCCUUCAACUUCACCCUGCACGUUGCGCGAAGACCCCCAAACCGGCAAGAAAGGCGUGCACUCGGAAAAGGCGCACCCGGACAACAAAUACAACCAUAACUUCCAGAACAAGUUCUGCGGGUGCGGCGAAGACUACAAUGCGGAUCAGGAACGCGGCACGAUGUUCCAGUGCCUUGGUCUCGGCAGCGCCGAGACGGGCGGAUGUGGCGAGGACUGGUGGCAUCCAGAGUGUAUGAUCGGGUUACCGCGGACAUGGUAUGAGGAGUUGAAGAAGAAAACCGGUGGGAAUGAAGAGGCGGGUGGGGAGGACGAGGAGGACGAGAUUCCGUUGCCUCCGGGAUUUCCUUUGGAGGACGACUUUGAGACGUUUAUCUGUUUCAAGUGCAUUGAGUCGAAUCCGUGGUUGAAGAAGUAUGCCGGGACAACUGGGUUCUUGCCUCCUGUCUACAAGGAUGGUGGUCUGCCCAAGGCGGGAACAGAUGCUGAGCCAGCUCCAGAGACGUCGACCACGUCUGAAAACCAAGAGGAACAGUCUGCUAACUCAAAGAAGCGGAAAGCGGAGGACGAGGAGGUUGAAAACGAGCCUACAUCAAAGCGCACUAAAGAGGACAGCGAGGAAACACCCGCAGAACCGAAGGCCGAAUCAAAGGAGGAGCAAAAACCAGAGCCAGAGCCAGAGGCCAAACCUGCACAAUCCGAACCUGCGAAGGACAAGCACAAGCAUGAGCUCCUCCCCUCCUCUACUCCAUCCGCCACCUUCUCCCUUUUCCUCAAAGAAGACUUCCGCGACCACUUCUGCCACUGCCCUGAAUGCUACCCUAACCUCGCCCACCACCCUCAACUCCGAGAGGAGGAAGAGACCUACGAGCCACCUCUCUCCGAGAUAGGUGACGAUGCCAAUGGUGGAGGUAGCACCGGCACCGGCAGCAUUUAUGAUCGCGGCGAAGCUGCCCUCAACAAUAUCGAUCGGGUUCGAGCCAUCGAGGGCGCCAUGGUCUACAACCAUCUGCGAGACAAGGUGAAGGAGUUCUUGAAGCCGUUCGCGGAAUCAGGAACUGCAGUUGGCGCAGACGAUAUCAAAUCCUAUUUUGAAAAGCUCCGUGGGGAUGAGCAGCCGAUGCGAGAUGCGGCUGGACAAGCUUCUAAGUCCAAUGGUGAUGACAAUAAUGAUAACGAAGAUGAUGGCAAUAGACGGGAGCAAAGCGGCUAUUGA